AGUAUCGGUCUGGCAUCGUCGGCCAUUAAUUUCUUUGGUUUAUUUUUUUUUUGUUUCUCCGUGUGUUUGUGUUUUUCUAUCCGUAACUUGAGCGCCUCCAAGCCGCAAAAAAUGUGCUGACCAGUGCCUUGGGGCAGUCAGAGCCAGAGAGAUCGAGAAUUCCGUAAUUCCGAAUCGCAUCCGCUGCGCCAUGUGUGUGUGAAGUGAUUGCGGUGAUUGUGUGUGUUUGUGCGUCUGCGAGAGAGCUGGAGAGACAUUGUCGGGUCGUCGGGCAGUAAAAGGGCGGUAAAAGAAAAGUCAACGCUAAGGCUACGGAAAGAGUAAAAACUAUUAAACGGUGUGCAGCAGCAGCAACAUCAGCAGCAACAGCAGCAGCAGCAGCAAAUUUCCCUGCAAAAUGUUUACCAAGAAGAAGAAGAAACCCCUGAUCUCGAUGCCCAGCAAUUUUGAGCAUCGCGUGCACACGGGAUUCGAUAAGCGGGAGAACAAAUAUGUCGGCCUCCCCCUCCAGUGGGCCUCCAUUGUGGGCAACAAUCAGAUUCUCAAGUCCACCAAUCGGCCGCUGCCCCUGGUCGAUCCCUCGGAGAUUACGCCCACAGAAAUUCUCGACCUCAAGACGAUUGUGCGGCCACAUCACAACAACAACAAGGCGGACACCACAUCGCUAAACAGCAGCAGCACCAUGAUGAUGGCCUCCGCUGGGGGUCCCGGCGGUGGACCGAUUCCGGGCACUCCAGGCGGAGGAGUGCACGGCUCGAUGGGGAUGCUGGGUGCUGGCGGCGGGCAACAUCAUUUGAUGGAUCCAAUGACCGCGUCCGGCAUUGUCCUGCCCAAGACCUCCCAUGUGGCACGCUCCAAUUCGCUGCGCAGCUCAAGUCCGCCGCGUGUGCGUCGCGUGGCCAAUGUGCCGCCCUCCGUGCCCGAGGAGGAGGCGGCGUCGGCGACGACGACGCCAACACCAGCGACGGGCUUCAAGCCCCAGCAGCCUCUGGGCCAUCCAAUGCUCUAUUCCAGUCAGAAUGCGCACGCCAAUGGAGCGGCCACCGGUCCACUGGCCGUGCGAACGGACCAGGGCGCGAAUAUGCAGUACCGAGCCAUGGGAGGCGUCGGACCGCCGGGUGCCAUCCCGCAACAGACGUCGCCAGUGGGCUCGGUGGCCAGCGGAACGCGAUCCACCCACUCCCACACGAACAACGGAAAUAGCACCGGCUUCCCACUGUAUCCCCCCGCUUCGCAGGCGCAUCAGCCCAAAUCGAUGGGCGUGGGCGACCAGAAUCAGAAUCCCUUGCAUAGCCACGCCCAGACGCAUCCGCACCCACAUCCACAUGCACAUAAUCAUGCCAAGUCGGCGUCCCGUGCCUCCAGCUCGAGCGGUGGUGCCAGCAGUGCCACCCUGGCCGCUUCCCAGGCGUCUGCCCAGCAGCAACAGCAACAGCAGCCCAAGCAGGAUCAGCGGCUGACCCACGAACAAUUUCGGGCCGCACUCCAAAUGGUCGUCUCCGCCGGCGAUCCGCGGGAGAAUCUUGAUCACUUCAACAAGAUUGGCGAAGGCUCAACGGGCACCGUUUGCAUAGCCACCGACAAGUCCACAGGUCGCCAGGUUGCCGUGAAGAAAAUGGACCUACGCAAGCAGCAACGACGCGAGCUGCUCUUCAAUGAGGUGGUCAUCAUGCGGGACUACCAUCAUCCGAAUAUCGUUGAGACAUACUCCAGCUUUCUGGUCAACGAUGAGCUCUGGGUUGUUAUGGAGUAUCUGGAGGGCGGCGCCCUCACCGACAUUGUCACCCAUUCGCGCAUGGAUGAGGAGCAGAUUGCCACUGUCUGCAAGCAGUGCUUGAAGGCUUUGGCCUAUUUGCACUCACAGGGUGUCAUCCAUCGAGACAUCAAGUCGGAUUCCAUACUUCUGGCUGCCGAUGGCCGGGUGAAGCUGUCAGACUUUGGAUUCUGUGCUCAGGUGUCGCAAGAGCUGCCCAAACGCAAAUCGUUGGUGGGCACACCGUAUUGGAUGUCGCCGGAGGUGAUUUCACGCCUGCCGUAUGGUCCCGAGGUGGACAUCUGGUCGCUGGGCAUUAUGGUCAUUGAAAUGGUGGACGGUGAACCGCCAUUCUUUAAUGAGCCUCCGCUACAGGCGAUGCGUCGCAUACGGGACAUGCAGCCACCGAAUCUGAAGAACGCCCACAAGGUCUCGCCACGUCUGCAAUCGUUCCUCGAUCGAAUGCUGGUGCGUGAUCCCGCACAGCGUGCCACUGCCGCCGAACUGCUGGCCCAUCCAUUCCUGCGCCAGGCGGGGCCACCCUCACUGCUGGUCCCACUCAUGCGCAAUGCGCGACAUCACUCAUAGGACGGAUUCGGAACAGAUAGAUGGGGGAUGGGGGAUGAUAUACCAGCUCGUGACGCAACACAGACAAUGGCCAUCGAUCCAUGGAACCAUCUAUCGCAACGAUCCAACGAUUGCGGCAACCAGCCGAGUCUUUUAGUAUUAAAAAGUUUUAAGUUUGGCAUCUGUACUUAGACCCUUAGAGUCUCCCCUGACCCUCACACCUGCUCGAAAGAUCUUGUAAAGAAAUCAAAGCCAUUCCCACAUUUAAAUGCAUCGUUUUGUCCUACCCCCCAUACAUUCCGGAGGUUAUCCUUUUUUGGGCUGACGGAUCCAAGCAAUGUGCCUUUCACACACACACACACACACACAUACACAGAAACAGAUUCCGAAUGGUAUCGAAUUGUGCCUGUUCCCAUCGUUUACAUAUUUAUAUGCGCCGCCCUCUGAUCAAUCGUAUUUGAUAAUCUAUUAUCAUUAUUAUUAUUAUUAUUUUUUAUAAAUGUUUGUACGUACUCUCUGCAUUUGAUUGCUCUCUCGUGUGUACCACCUCCCAGCCAGCUCCUUUUAUUAUGGCAAAUGGGAGGAGGGAGUGACGAAUUCCGUUCUUGUCAGUGUGUGUAUGAUUUUUUUUACAAAUCCGUAAACAUUGUUCGAAUAUAUUCUACUUAUAAGCAAUAAGUUAACAUUUACAUGUAUUUUUAUUAAAAAAAAAACAAAACGAAAAAGCAAAGCCCUAACCCUAAGAAAUGAAAAAGAAAACAACGAAACAAUGGAUCAGAAAGAGAGAGAGAGACAUAAAUAUAAGCAUAGAAACGA